AUGCCACCUUCCUCGAGAGACGCAGUUCGGGUGACUGCCAGUGCCCACAUGAAGCAUUGGCUUGAGCCAGUGCUUUGCGAGGCGGGCCUCGGCCACAACUACAAGGUUGACAAAGUUCUAAAAGUGCUGCGAAUAUACCCCAGAUCAAACACAUUGUCCUCGCUUCCUCUGUGUUUGUGCGAUGCAAAUUACAAGAUUCUUGCCUUUGCGAAUUAUAAAGCUAUUGCAGCUUUUGAGCGCAAGGAGCGGCGCAGAGUUACGCAAAAUUUGUUGAACUCGGAGAUCAUGAUCCACUCAUUUACAAUAAGGUUUUACAAUGAUGAUCAAGUACAAGGAUUUUUCGAUGGAUUAAAGUUCAAGCAAAAGGCUAGCCUAUUUCCUGGCUAUCUGGUUCUAGAGAUUAAUGACUUUUCGAUGUUCAAUCGAGACCAGCUGAUCUUGAGCAAUGCAGGAACAAUUGAAUUCCUUUAUGGUACUCCACGAUACAUUGCUCGGUUUAUAGAGCAGGAAUUUAGUGAUGAAGAAUAA